GAGGGUCUGACUGAACACACUUUCCAGCGUCCAGCAGAAAAGACGGGACGAAUUGGUAACCAUGAAGUCCUUUGCCCUGCUUUUCACAGCAGUUCUGUUGGGAGGUUCCUGGGCAAACCCUUUAUUCCUAGAUGAGUCAAAAACCAAAUGGGAAGAGACAGUGGACGUCUUCUGGGACUAUGUGACCAGGGUUGGGAAUGCAGCAGAUGAUGUCACUGCUCAGAUCAAGACUUCGCAGCUCAGCAAGGAACUUGAUGGCCUUAUCACAGACACCAUGGCUGAGUUGGACCUCUACACUGAUGACAUGCGUUCCAAGAUAGGCCCCUAUGCCCAGGAUGUGCAGCAACGCCUGACAACCGAAGUGUCAUCCCUGUCAGAAAAACUGCGAGGUGACAUGGAGGAGACCAAAGGCAAACUGGUCCAGUACACCAAUGAUGCUCGCUUGAUGAUUGACCAUAACCUGGACAUGGUACGAUCCCAGCUUGGUCUCUACAUGCGCAAGCUGAAGAAACGCCUCACAAAGGACACUGAGGAUCUGCGGCGCAAGAUGGCUGCCUACGCCGAGGAAGUACGGGCCAGCACAGAUGAAAAAGUAGGUGCCGUGCGCCAGAGGCUCGAACCCUACAUCUCCAAAAUCCGUGAAAAGGGACAGCAGAGAUUGCAGGCCUUGCAGCAGGCUGUGGGAGAGCAAGGGAAGAUGGUUCACGAGCAACUCAGCAGCCGUACUCAGGAGCUCCACAGCCAGCUCCGUGAGAAAGCUGAGGAAGUAAAAGGCUCCCUUGACCAGGCGGCUGAAAACAUGCGCCAGUGGUUUGCUCCCUUCCUGGAAGAUGUCUCUUCCCAAUUCCAGGCUCUCGUGGAGAAAUUCAAGACAGUGCAGUUGUAAGGCCUGGCCUGUACUCCUAGGAAGAGCAACACAGCAGCCCUUGGUUUCCAUGGAAACCAAGAUGGCCUCAAGACCUGAGGCUCCUUGGUUGAACAGGCAUUGACUAUCACUGUUGUAUACUAACCUCACACUGCAGUGCAGAUCCCCCUCCCUAUCCAAUUCUUCUUGGCCAGAGUGCUGCCAUUUUGGCUGAUUAACAUUCUUCUGCACACUUUUUUGCACCUUCUAGGCCCUGCAUUAGUAACUGUUGCACUUGUGAACCACUGACAAGAAAGGCCCUUACAAUGGUUCACUCUGCCCCUCACCACAUUUUAACACCUUAUGCCCAAGACACUUGCGCCAUUCCUUUUUGCCGCGGUUUCUUGGCUUGACUGGUAUUUUUUCCAUUUUGAUCUGUUAACUGAAUAAAAUGUACUUUGGAUACAA